GGCACGUAUGAAAGUAUGACUGUACUACACUAUCAGGAAGAUGGCUGAAGAUUUUUUAGUUGUACCUGGAAGAGUUGCAUACUACUGCUCACCUCCACCUCUGGGGCUUUGCUGAAUCGACUGCAGGAAUACAAAUUUGAUUGAGUUGCACUAAGCCUCCACCAUGCAGUCUAUUCAAAUACCAAAAAAGAGCAACUCACUGGGAACAAUUACAAAUGAGCCAUCAAGUCCAAAUAUAAUAGAUCAUGAUGAGAUUAUAUCUCUUACCCAUGAUGUCAAAAAAUUCUCUGACUCACUUGCAAGGUUGAAGCUUUUGUUCACAGAGGGAAUAGAUCCUGAAGAAGAUGCACGUGUUAUAAUACAUGAAGGAUUAGGAGAAGUACUCUCGGUUUUGAAUCCAGUUAUGCAAAAUUAUCCAGUCUUACAGUCCCAAGAUAUCUUCACUGCUGCAAAAUGUUUAAUAACUUUGAUUAAAGAUCACAAAUACAAUGAAGAAAUGCUUGAGAGCUAUGUACAAGACUUUUGUGAUGCUAUAGACCAGCUUGCAUAUGCCUUCAGUAGCAGUGUUUCUGAGUAUUUGAUGGGUGACAUGGGUCCACAGUUGGUCAUGGAUUUAAAAGCAAGGUCAAUGAAUAACAUAACAGCAGAUGAAAAAGAAGACACUGAAGAAAAGACCAUAGAAGCUGCUACCUUGACACCAGAAGAUUUGGAUCGUAUUUUAGUAAACCUUGAUAAUGGGUUAAACGUUGCCUUGCAAAGAGCUAAAGUAUGGUCAAAAUAUAUCUCUGAUAUUAUAGUAUACAUUGAAAAGAAAGUUCAGCUAGAACAAGAUUAUGCCAAAAACCUGUCUAGGCUUGCUAAUGCAGUACAGCACAGUUUAAAAAAAGAGGGAUACCUACCACUUCAGUCUAUUUACUGCACUGCUUUAUCUCAGGACAUGGAGUUUGCAGGCAAUUUACAAGCAACUCAAAGUGUUCUCCAAUCACAUAAGUUUGUUGAACCCCUAACAAGCAGGAAACUGGAGCAUGAUAAAGUGUACAAGUCUGUCAAGGAGAACUGGCAACGGGAAUGUAGAAAAAUGACUGAUGCUGUGACAAACCUAAGAAAAGCUCAAGCUCUCUACAUGACAAGACAGCAAGACCAUGAGAGAGCACAUGACUUAGCCCUCAAAGCUGAUGGAGAAAAACUAGAGAAAAGAAGAAAAGCAGAAGAAGAAGCCAUGCAUAAGGCUGCAGAGGCAGAAACAACAUAUAAAGCUUGUGUUGCAGAAGCUAAUUUGAGACAAUCAGAGCUUAUAAAAGUUAAAAGCUCACAGCUGGGAAGAAUUAGAGAACAAAUUCAACUUUGUGACCAAGUUAUUAAAGACGUAACAGUGGAAAUCUUUCAGCUAUACCACACCAUAAUAUCUCCACUCCCUCUCCAAUAUCAAACCUUGAGUGAAAGCAGCAAGAGCUAUGAACCAGGAAGCCAGUAUGCUGAUUAUAUUCGUAGACUUCCAGGCACUAAUAAGGCUUAUGUUCCUGAUGUUUUUAUAUUUGAGCCUUAUGUACAAGGACAGAGAGUAUCAGAAGAAACACGUAAAGAAAGUUAUCAUUCAAAUGGAUCUAUGUCAGACCAUGUCCAUUCACCUGAAGGCUCUCCUGUAACAUCCCCUAGAAGAGACAAGUAUCGAAUCCCAGUAAAAGCUUGGGGCCAGCAAAUCCCUGGGGUAACUACCUCAGAUACUGACAGUGCUUCUUGUAGUUCUAAAUCACAUGAGUCUUCUCCCAGUGGGAGUCCACAUAGGACCACCAGACGACUUGUAUCUAGUCAAUCUCUUGAUGAAUUAACAGAAGAGGAAAUACUUGCUGCAACCCAUAAUGGUCAAGAUAAAAGAAGCCAGCAUUUGAAGAGGACAAGGACUGUUGCUGUAGAUGAUACCUUGGAUCUUCCUCAGUCACUUGUGAAUCGAGUUAGAAGAAAUACAACAUUUGGAGUAGAUUUUCAAGAACAAGUUGACACUUUUCAAACCAAAGUUCCACCCAUUGUAUCCAAGUGUUUGACAGAGAUUGAGAAACGUGGAGUAAUGAUCAAGGGCAUUUAUCGUGUAUCUGGUGUAAAAAGUAAAGUAGAAAAUCUUUGCCAAAAAUUUGACAUGGAUCCAGAGGCUGUUGAUUUAGAUGAAAUUCAUCCAAAUGUUAUUUCCAAUGUGCUUAAAUUAUACCUACGACAGUUGCCUGAGCCUUUAUUAACAUUUAGACUUUAUUCAGACUUCAUUCACUGCGCUAAGGAAAACAUGUCGGGCCAGCUGCAAGGUGAAACUCUUAUAGAUCACUUAAAGAAUGUAGUGGCUAAACUUCCUUCUUCCAACCAUCGCACCUGUGCUGUUCUCAUACAUCAUCUGUUAAGGGUUGCAUCACAUUCUGAGUUCAACCAAAUGAGCGCCAGUAACUUGGGAAUUGUUUUUGGACCCACUUUACUAAGGCCACUUGAGGGAUCAGCUUCAUUAGCGUCACUAGUGGACACACCGCAUCAAACUCGUGCAAUAGAACUUCUCAUCACUCAUGCUCAUUCAAUAUUUGGGCCCAGUGAAGAUUACCAGGUAGCUCCUCUACAAACUCCUGUAGAGAAUCUCAGCCAAAGCACCAGUGAGGCUCCUGUGUCUGUUCAAGGAAAUACAUUACAACCUCCAACUGUAGCCAUUGAUGUUGCUAAAACUGGUACUGCUGACUCUACCCAGCUGGAGGCUGUAUCUGCUGCUAAUGUCCAGCCAUGGUCUUGUGAGUCUGUUCUUCCUGGCACUGUGAGUCAGGACAGAAAUGAACCCCAUUCAUUAGCAAUUAAUGGGUUAGACUUUGAGGGGUCAGAUUGCAGGUCAGAUGAAGAUGAGGGACCCCAUGAACUUCCUUUACCUGACCAUUCCAAACCUCAAUCUGAUCCAUUAAGUUUGGCUUUGACUCCAAAUUGUAUACAAGAGCAAAGAUUAGAUUCCAAUCCUUACACCUCUGACCCUGCAUCACGUCUGAAACCAGCUGUAACAAAAUCUGCAUCAUCUCCCCUUGUCACCAAAUCAGCCAGGAGUCACCUCUCCUCCUCCCUGUCUGUACCUGGCUCAGGCCUACAUUCAGACAUGGCUGCUGCUCUUUCAACUAGUGCUGCUGGGAUGGCUUCUGUUCUCAUGAUGUCACCUGCUCAUUUCUCACCAGCUCAGCAUUCAGAAGGUGGAGAGGUUGAUCCAACUAAUGUGUUGGAUGGUACGAAGGAUCAAGAAAAUGUUGUAGAUGAUGAGCUGUCUGAGGAGAAAAAAGGCAAUGAAGAGUUAGCAAAGAAGAAACUCCAUUCUUUACAGCUAGAAAAUAUCAAAUACUUAACCAAGCCACCACCUUCAGAAGAAUCUGGUAGUGAUUUUUAUAAAGGGAUAUUUAUAGCAUCAACUUCACCAUGUCCGCCUUUACAGGGACCAAAAGGCUCAUCAGAACAAGGCACUGUUUCAGAAUCAUCAGUUGAGGGGAGUGUUGCUCAAACAGCGCCAGCUGUCGGCAGUCCACCAUGUGCCAGAACUACGCCAUCGCUGUCUAAAGGAGCAUCAACAAGACGAUCAACGCUAGAGGAAGUUCCGCUACCAACAUGGUGCAAGCCAUCAGGUUCAGCUUGUGGAGACGGCCCCUUGGAUGAUGCAACAGUCCCUGCAGUCACUAUACCUGCAAGCCCCACUAUCAAACGAAGAGAGCUACCUAGUAAAAUUCCUACCAGUCCCACUAUACCACGUAGUGCAGAUAGCAAACAAAACGAAUUAGAAAACAGGGCACAGAAGUUCAGACAGGAACAAAGAAAACUGGUGAAGGCAAUUAUAUCAGAUGCAAAAAUUGGAUCAGUUAGCACUUUGAGAACCUCAAGCACAUCUUCACAGGAGAGCCUGGACAGGGAUAAAAACAGUUCAGUGUUCUAUGAGAGGCCUGGCUAUUUUGAUGAUGUUGUUAGUGGAGGCUGUGCUCUGUCAAGUAGACCUAGCAGUCAGAGUGAAGAUGCUGGAGUUGAUAUCAAAGAAAAUAUUGAGGAGAAGAGUCUAAAGGCAACAUCCUCUCAAGUGGUGGCAGCUAGUCAAGAGCAAAAAACUCCCCACCCCACCAUAAACUCUGGAUCCCCCACUAGAUCAACAGGAUCCAACACUGGGCAGAAUAAUUCUCCUAAGUCAUCUCAGUCUAAUGCAAAGAAGGUGUCUCCAGCUGCAGGGGAGAGCAGCCUUGUGCAAACCAAAUCUUUACCAUCAAGGGUGAGAACUCUGCCUUCUACCUGCUUUGUUAAAAAAUCUGCAUCUGUUACGACACCCACCACAUCAAAGUCAUCUGCUGGAUCAUACACUGCAGCAACAGCUAAAUCUGCUACAAGCCGUUCUCCACUAGUGAAAUCAGUCUCAGGGAUAAAGUCUACCACUGCAGUUACUUCUGACCAAAGUCAACAACACUGUUCAAGAACUACCACCAGUACUAGUAAGCCCACUGAUGAACUGUCUAACAAACCAAGUACAUCAGUAGCGAGAAAAAGCAGUGGAAAGGGUGGAGAAUUGACUGGAUCACCCAGGAGUUUCAAGUCACCGGCAGACACCAAACCUAAGGCUGACACAAACAGCUCAUCACCCUCGUCAUCGCAGUCAUCCUCCCCCAGACACAGGCACCCAUCUGGAGAAUCAUCAUCUAGUCGUUCUGUAAAACCAGGUCAGAGAAAACCUCUUGCCGCUGGUGGCUCCCUGACAGGAAGUCCUCAGAGAGUGCACCCAGAGAAAUCCAGCUCACCUAGUCAAGUCACCGGGAAGGUCCUGGCAACAAGACCCGCUCAGCUGCCCCCAGUGACUGGCUCUGCACAGCCAUCCCAAAGUUCAGCCACUACCCCUACAUCCAGUAGUAAACUCUCCCUAGAUAGGACACCCAGGUUUGUCUAAAACCUGUCAAGCAUUAGCACAUGACUUUUAUUAAACAUUUUUAGUAUUUUUUUAGCCUUUGUUUUUAUGAACAAAAUGUAUUACUUUAUUAUAUAUUUACAACUAAUCUUAUUUUUACAAAUGAGGUUGUUUUUGGUACCAAAAAGUUGUAAUAUCUGUCUGUAUAGAAUUUAGAUUAUGAAAAUUAAAGUAAUGAAAAGAAUACUUACCACGCAAGUUUAAAUAACAAACAGGAUCAAGUUGUAUAGUGAAAGUGAGCUAAUACAGUUGAAUCUCAUUCUUCAAUAAAAUACUCAUUUCUUCUUUAAAAGUAGACAAUCAACUUGUAAAUGGUGUUGUGAGUAAACUGUGACACAUUUUUAAGAAUGAUGGGUAUUUAACCCCAUAAUUUAAAAAAAAAUAAUAAACUAUCAAUCUUUUCAUAAUUCUUGAUUUUAAUUGUGAUAUCAUUGCCAACUUUUAAGAAUUUUUAAAUAUGAAAAAACAUGUAUUUCAAUUGUGAUGUAUAUUUAUAUUUAUAAAUUUAUUUUUGCAGUAACCUUUAUCAGGUUAGAUUUUUAUUGUAUUAUAAAUUUGUUUUAAUGUACUGAUCUUUUUUUUGUUGAUACCUUGUAUUGAGCUGACUAGCCAUUUGUAUAUGGACUCAGUUUUUAAAUUUCUGUUACUUAUUUCAUAGUUGAUGUCAUGUAUAAGCUUAGAACUUAGACUUAUUUGUGUUCAUGUACCAUUUACAAGUAAACAUUAGAGAUCUACACCUUUUCUCAAUAGCAACUCAUUCAAUUUUCACAUUCUAAUAAAUCUCAUUCAUUCAUAAGGUCAUUUAUGCAACUGCCUGCAUUAACAACCACUCUGAAACUCAAAUUAUAAGGAAUGUUCAAGUGUUUUUUUUUUAAAAUAACUUUCAAACUGGUUGUUUGCUAACCACUUUACCAAUACUAAUUUUUGUUUUGAUGUUAGAACAUUGUCCCCUAAACAAAUGUAGAGGCAAGAAAUCUUUCAUUAAUUUGAAGGCAAUUUUUUGUUAUACUUUAUAAAGAUAAUGCAUUUUUGUUAUAAAUUAGACAUUUUAAGGGAUGUAAUCAAUUGUUAACAUUUUUAGUUAUCUAGAAACACCCCCCCCCCCCUAUAUUACAACCAAAGUAUUUAUUGAUGCACUGGUUAUUCUGAUCUUUUAGCCUUCCUAACACAAGCACUGCAAAUUUAGUAUGUACAAGUCUCAGCUUCACCUCACAACCAUCUUAUAGUUUAGGUACAACCUUGACAAAAUUAUCUCAUUCAUUUUUAUACAGUAUAUGAAACAUUUCCUUUUUGUUUCUGAUCAUAAUGGAAUAUACUGAUAUUAAUUAUUAUCCUAUAAACAAUGCAAUAUAGCUUAUAGAUUACAUAAUUUUUAAUCUACCAAUUUAUUUUAAUGUUGGUAAAAUAGUGUUGUCAAUUGUAGACUUAUUCUUCAAUACGCUAUUGAUCUAGUCAGUUUGGAGAUAUUACUGUAUCUCCAGAUACAUUUCUAGUUAAAAAAGAUUUUAGUGUGUUCAAAUAAUUAAUUACUUUUGCCACUUCAGAUUUUUUUUUUAAAUUUGAGCUGUAAAAAAAAAGACAAGAAGAUGUUGACUUGAAAUAUGGGUACAUUAGGUGUAUCAAAACUAUCAUUCAGUAGUGGCUGAAUGCUUUAUAUUUUAAAGCUGAAUGUACUUAUUAUUGAGGUUUUACUAUGAUGAGUCUAGAAGAUAUUUGGCAAUCAUCAGUUGUAUUUUUUAGGCAAUCCUAAAUAAGGGUUGAUGAAAAAUGAUUCAAAAACGAAUUUCAAAUGGUAUAAGAGAGAAAACAAGAUAAGUGCACAAUUUAAAAAUGUAAGUGAAAUCAUCCUGGUCGUCUAUUUUUUAGAUUAUUUAUAAUUUGAUAUCAGCAUAUCAUCUGAUACAUAAUAGUGACUGUUCAGAUAACUGUUUGAUAACUAACCAUUUUCUUAAUGUACACAUGUAUUUAAUAAUAAACAUUUACGCAAUA